AUGAGCGACUUGCUGCCCCCCGGCCCAGCCCGAGAAUCAAUCCAACCUCGCCUUCCCGUCCGUCCGGCUUCACCGCUGCCCAGUAUAAAGCUUGAACCUCCGCCAGCCUCAGGACGAGAUCUUGUCCUCCAAGUUCGAGUUUGUCGAGUCCCCCAGUGCCCGAACCGGCACUGCAAUCUAAGAAGCCAUCGGCUUUAUGACCCUGCCGUUGCCUUGAGCCGUCAAUCUCAAGCCCAAGCUCAUCAGCACGAUUUGAGAAAGGAACCAAAGCUCCAGCCCCAACCCCAGCCUCUGGGUCAUGGUCACGACAUUUAUUUCAGCAGCAGUGGGAUUGGACGCAAAGGAGUGGAUGGGUUCCCUUCUCUACCCCUCGAGAACCCUCUCGAGACCGACCUCCGAGCACUCUUUCAUCAUUUCUUUGACUCUGUCUUUGAUCGGCUGGCCGACAUAUUCCGUGGCCCUCUGCAGGGACCCGACUACAAGAACCGCAUGUUGUCCGUUGCGUUGACCGACGAAGCAUACUGCAUGGGUCUCAUUACCCAAGCGCAGACCGACACAGCCAUUGCGCGGGGCUCGUUCGGAGAGACGACAGCCUCUUUGCAGCUUUAUACGAAGCUGAUCAGGAUCUUCCGCGUUCGGCUGGCAGCGAGCACGGGAGGCGGCACUGGCACUCCCCAGCCUGCUCACAUCGAGAUCGCACUCUUGAUCCUGUGUAUCCUGUUAUCCUACAAUGCGACGCGGGGGAGAUUCAACGAGUUGGUCAUGAACUGGAACGCCAUGCGCCAUCUCGUUAAUAUGCGAGGAGGUAUCCAUUACCUGACCGUUGCCCUCGCAUACGUCGUGCACGUCGAUCGAUUGUGUGCAACCAUGCUGGGCUUGCAUCCGACCUAUUCCGUCAGCUCGCCAUUGACGAUGCAUCAGCAUCAGUUCUGCCGACCUGCUUGGUCGACAUAUGGUUCCGGAUUUACAACGCUAGAGCGAAGCCAGGAGCAUUCGUUCAGUCACCUGGUCCUCGAGCAUUCUCUGAAUACGUGCGAGUUGCUAUCACUAUAUGAAGCGAGACAAGCUGCUACCGCUGCUCCAUCAUCGUUUCGACGAGGGCCCUUUUUGCAACGACCACGACCUUUCAGCCCCGAAUACUUGUACUAUCGCCGUGAUAGAGUAGAUGAGCAAUUUGCCGUCCUCUACGCCGACCUGCUGAACGAGAGCACGCCGUCCAAAUGUAUCUUGUUGGCCACGAGAAUUGUUGAGUAUCCGGUGACCUGGGCCAACUACGUCCCUACCCUGACCAUCCACCUGUGUACCGAGUUAUGCACCAUCCUGCGCCGACAGGACCUGUUUCAGGGGUGGUCGGGCCUUUUGGACGUCCUGCGCUGGAUCUUGUUCGCUAUGGUGACGAGCCCGUGGCCAUUCGACGGUCGGGAUUGGGCCAUGUCCUCUCUCCAGGGUCUCAUCGGAGCCAAAUAUGGCCCAGAUCACUGGCCAGACCGGUGGUGGGAGGAGGAACUGAAAAACUUGCAAGACUUUGCCUGGUCACGCGCACAUGAUGCGAAGCUCGGUCAGAUGCGGAGGGAGCUUGACAAAGGAUAUGUCGACACAACUACUCAAAAGGGAGCACAGAAGUCGUGA